AUGUCCUCCACCCCACCAACAACGGCAUUUUCCCCACGCACAUGGACGCGGCCCAACAGCGAAUUCAUCAUCUCCAAUGAUCCAUCACUACUCUCUGUCCAAGCCGUCAAUGAAGCCUUUGGCCAGGACUGGCUCUACUGGGCCACUCCGUUCCCCGAAGAAGUCAUGUAUCACAUGCUGCACGACUCUAUGAGCUUUGGCGUGUACAAAUACACAGAGCCUCUCGUCAAUCACGACGCACCGGUGACUCCCACUGCGGAGAACACUCGGCAGAUUGGUCUGGCGCGCAUGGUCACGGACAAAGUCACAUUCGGUUAUCUCUCUGACGUCUAUGUGCUUCCAGAGUAUCAGGGCCACGGGCUCGGCCGAUGGCUGAUGAAUUGUAUUUUGGAGGUGUUUUCGAUUGGGAAUAUGCCGCAUCUGCGCCGAAUCAUGCUGUUGACGGGGGAUAAGAGGAUGCAGGAUUGGUAUGCGAGGAUCUUUGGGAUGGAGGUGAUUGCACAUGAGCGACGGCCAGAUAUUGGGCAAGAUCUAGUGUUUAUGUGCGUUCGGCCGAAUGCUGUUUGA